CCUUCCUUCACUCCACUCGUCAGUCGUUAUUGGCUUAUUGUAGACGCAGCCGCAAAACGCCGCCUGGCUUCCCGCGUGCCCUCAGGCGAAACGAGCUUUCGCCUCUGCCCUCCGCCAUCAUUUCUCCGCCGUUGAAGUUCCGUCGUCGAUUGGGAGUUCUUCAUCGUUCCGCCGUGCUGCUUGUUUGCGUGAUCCUCGUUUUCUUCUUAUUCGCGUGGCUGAGCCCCUUUUCUUUCCCUUCUGACAUCGACAUCUGCGUGGUGAUGGUGGAAGGCAGUGCAGGCAACGGCAGCAAAUACUAACUAACAAGCUUUCCUGAACAUGCGUAUUGCAGGUAUAAAUGAAGCAAAACAGACGGAGGGUGAGCGGAGAGCAAUCGAGAAAAAGAUAGUGAACGGGAGAGAACGGUUGAGAGUGAGAUGAAGAGCAAUCGAAGCUUAAGAGGUUGAGAAGAGGUUGGAAAAUAACGAAAUCAAGGGGGACUUGAGAUCCACAGAGAGAGCUUGAAAGAGGGAAGACCAAUUGAGGUGAAGAAGAAUCCAUUUAUUUGCCUUCACACAUGCAAUUAGUUGGUUUUAUUGUGACAAUCCCUGUUCUGUGAGUGAUUGAUUUUGGAUGGGAGAGGCUAGUGGAGAUGAUGUUUUAGCAUCGGUUCACUCCACUGUAUUCAAACAAUCAGAAAGCCUGGAAGGAAAAUCCAUCAAGAUUGAGGGCUACGACUUCAAUCAAGGUGUGAAUUAUCCACAGCUUCUCAAGUCCUUUGUCACCACUGGGUUUCAGGCUUCCAACCUUGGAGAUGCUAUACAAGUCAUUAAUCAAAUGCUAGAUUGGAGUCUGGCUGAUGAGGCCAUAACAGAGGAUUGCAAUGAGGAGGAAAAUGAUUUGGCUUACCGGAAAUCUGUUAGAUGUAAAGUUUUCCUUGGCUUUACUUCUAAUCUCAUCUCGUCUGGUGUUAGAGAUACAGUUCGAUACCUUGCUCAGCAUCAUAUGGUUGAUGUAAUUGUUACAACAACAGGUGGCAUAGAGGAAGAUCUCAUAAAGUGUCUUGCACCAACUUAUAAAGGAGAUUUUUCUCUACCAGGAGCCUACCUUCGCUCUAAAGGAUUAAAUCGUAUUGGUAACUUGUUGGUCCCUAACGACAACUACUGCAAAUUUGAGGAUUGGAUUAUUCCAAUUUUUGAUCGAAUGUUGAGGGAACAAAAUGAGGAGCGUGUAACAUGGACACCUUCAAAGCUGAUUGCUCGGUUGGGAAAAGAAAUAAACAAUGAGAGCUCUUAUCUUUACUGGGCAUACGUGAACAAUAUUCCAGUUUUCUGUCCAGGCUUAACAGAUGGCUCAUUGGGUGACAUGCUGUACUUCCAUUCCUUUCGAAGCCCUGGUCUGAUUGUGGACAUAGUGGAAGAUAUAAGGGCCAUGAAUGGUGAAGCUGUACAUGCAAGUCCUAGGAAGACAGGCAUGAUUAUCCUAGGAGGGGGGCUUCCCAAGCAUCACAUUUGCAAUGCCAAUAUGAUGCGCAAUGGUGCAGAUUAUGCGGUUUUCAUAAAUACUGCACAAGAAUUUGAUGGGAGUGAUUCGGGAGCUUGUCCAGAUGAGGCUGUUUCAUGGGGAAAAAUUCGAGGAUCUGCUAAGACAGUCAAGGUACACUGCGACGCAACUAUCGCUUUCCCUCUUCUAGUUGCUGAAACAUUUGCUACAAGAGGGAAACCUUGCUGAAUUAUUCCCAGAUCUGAAUCUGUCCCUAUGCCCUCAUACCUCUCAAAACACAUCUUGCUUAUUGUUAAAAAAAAUAGCGCGAGCGCGCACACAUCUUGCUGAAUCUUACUACGUCCUGCUUGUUAGCUAGGUGGAAAGCAGAUCUGAUUUUCAUCUUUGAUAUGAGCCUUCACCCCCUUCUCUUCAGUCAGUGUUGCCGUAUUGAGAAAUUGAAAAUGGGGUAUUGACCUCUCGCCCACGAGAUCAAAUAGCUUCUCAUUUUCUAUGAAAGUCGCCUUUCUGUUCUAAGUGCAUUUGCUGGGACAUUAACUUUUGUCUUUCAUGAGGAUUGGCUUAUUCUCUUGGAACAGUGAUUCGAAGUUGGCUGUGCCUGCGGGGGAAGUUGGGAACCAUGCUAGCUGGAUCUUGUUGAUCUCAAAUAUUAUGAGUAACUUUGUUGUUCCUUUUAUCCCUUUGUUUUUUGUUAUUUCCAAUGGCCUUAGAAGAAACUGUUAAACAGCCUCUAGGGUUUAGUUUGCUAAGUUAAUAUUACUAUGGUUCCUAGAGAGAGGGACAGUACGAUCUUGAUCGACUUGUUGGCCAGUGGGAUUUACUUUGCUCCCAAGAACCACUUGAAAGCAGAGAGAGAAGGCCAAGUAAACUAUUUCGGAUGCUGCAAUAAGAAUUGUUGUUGUGUUGUUGUCGAAUAAGGUUAAAUGGGCUUUUAUAUAUUUUAAAGUUAUGUUUUUGUUAA